AUGACGCUCGUUCACAUUGUCCUCUUCAAAUUCCGCUCCAAUGUCAGCGAGGAGCACAAGCAGACCUUUGUCACAGACGUCACAGACCCCAUUGAACGCAGCAAGGGGUUCCAGAUCGCGCCUGUGAGCUACCACGAGAAUCGGGAAGUGCUGGCGGAAUAUCAGGCGAGUGAUGAGCACCGCCGGGUAACCUUGACGUACAUGUUCCCUUACAAGGAGGAUUUGGUCCGGUUUGACUUUGAAGUGGACGAAGAAGAUGAAUAUAUGUGUCAAUUUCCUUUAUCUAGCCUAGGGACAUAA